GGAAGGAUGAAUAAAACCGGGUCACGAUCCACCUCUUCGCUUCCACCGGAGCCGGUGGAAAUUAUCCGGAGCAAGUCACACUCCCGCCGGGUGCGACUCAAUGUCGGGGGUCUCCUUCACGAAGUUCUGUGGAGAACGCUAGACCGACUGCCACGAACCAGACUCGGAAAACUGCGAGACUGCAACACACACGACUCUAUCAUAGAGAUAUGCGACGACUACAGUUUGGAUGACAACGAGUACUUUUUUGACAGGCAUCCCGGCGCGUUUACGUCCAUUCUCAACUUCUAUCGCACAGGAAAGUUACACAUGAUGGAAGAGAUGUGCGCUCUGUCGUUCAGCCAAGAGCUGGACUUCUGGGGCAUUGAUGAGAUUUAUCUGGAGUCGUGCUGCCAGGCCCGGUACCACCAGAAGAAGGAGCAGAUGAACGAGGAACUGAAACGAGAAGCAGAGACCAUGAGAGAGCGGGAAGGCGACGAGUUUGAGGACACGUGCUGUGCUAAUAAACGGAGAAAACUUUGGGAUCUCCUAGAGAAACCGAGUUCGUCAUUCGCUGCUAAGAUCCUGGCCAUCAUCUCUAUCCUGUUCAUCGUCCUCUCCACCAUCGCCCUCUCCCUGAACACCCUCCCAGAGCUCCAGGAUACGGAUGAGUUUGGCCAGGUCACCGACAACCCCCAGCUGGCCCAUGUGGAGGCCAUCUGCAUCGCCUGGUUCACCAUGGAGUACCUCCUCCGCUUCCUCUCCUCGCCCAGCAAGUGGAAGUUCUUCAAGGGUCCUCUGAACGUCAUCGACCUUCUGGCUAUCCUCCCUUACUACGUCACCAUCUUCCUGACAGAGUCCAACAAGAGCGUGCUGCAGUUCCAGAACGUUCGACGGGUGGUGCAGAUCUUCAGGAUCAUGAGGAUCCUGAGGAUCUUGAAGUUGGCUCGUCACUCCACGGGGCUCCAGUCUCUGGGCUUCACCCUCCGGAGGAGCUACAACGAGCUGGGCUUGCUCAUCCUCUUCCUGGCCAUGGGCAUCAUGAUCUUCUCCAGCCUGGUCUUCUUCGCCGAGAAGGACGAGGAGGACACCAAGUUCAAGAGCAUCCCCGCCUCCUUCUGGUGGGCCACCAUCACCAUGACUACGGUCGGCUACGGGGACAUCUACCCUAAGACCCUGUUGGGGAAGAUCGUGGGGGGCCUGUGCUGCAUCGCCGGAGUGCUGGUGAUCGCCCUGCCCAUCCCCAUCAUCGUCAACAACUUCUCCGAGUUCUACAAGGAGCAGAAGAGGCAGGAGAAGGCCAUCAAGAGGCGGGAAGCUCUGGAGAGGGCCAAGAGGAACGGCAGCAUCGUCUCCAUGAACAUGAAGGACGCGUUCGCCCGCAGCGUCGAGCUCACGGACGUCCUGGUGGAGAAGAACGGCGAGAGGGAGAAGGUCCACGACAACCACCAUUCCCCCGGCCGCGACAAGGGCACGCCGAAGACCGCCGCCUCGGACACCAGCUCCACCAGGUCUCCGGGGCCCGGUUUUCCAGACAAAGCCAGGCCCACCAGCCCGCAGCGCCUCGACGUCCAAAACCUGGAAGCGAUGUACGACAAGACCCAGUCCCAGCCCAACCUCAACAGCAAGGACAAGGGGCCGCUGGCCAGGGCGACCAGGCAGAGAGACGAAAUGGAGAUGGCGAGCAUUCUCUCCGAUCGACCCACGAACGCCACGGAGGGCCUGACGGACAUGAGGAGCGUGUCGAGCAUCGACAGCUUCCUCAGCUGCGCCACGGACUUCCCCGAGAGCUCCCGCUACUCCCACAGCCCCUCCAGCAGCGUCCCGGGCCGGGUGAGCGCCCACCCCGGCCUGGAGACCACCCUGGAGCACGAGCCGCUGGGAGGGACCCCGGGCUCCACCAAGCACAGCCAGGGGAGAGGCUCCAGGCAGGGGCCCGCCUCCGACAGCCCCAGGGGCCUCCGCUUCCCCAACCCCCUCAAGAACCGCUCCCUCAAGGUCAACUUCAAGGAGGAUGACGCUGGAGGAGGGGGCGGGGGCGGAGGUCGUCUGUCCUCGUCAGGGCCGGGCCCCGCCGUCCUCUCUGACAGCUCUGCUGUCUCCGACCGCUCCUUCCAGAGCCCGGAAGUUUCCGUCUACACCACGGCCAGCAGCCAGACUCCCUCCAGGACCUCCGAGACCCCAGGCCACGCCGUCUUCACCUUCCACGACGUCACCAUCAGCAAAUUCAUCGACGCCGACACAGACGAGGAGGAGCACCACCACGACGGCGUGGGCUCCGGCGCCUCCCAGAGGCUCCUGGGACGCGACAGCCCCAAGCAGAGCAGCCGCUCUGGCCUCCUGCGAGGGGCCAAUCACCUGGAGGCUUCGCAGAGGCUGGUGGGGAACAGCCUGUUCCCGCUGGAGGGUCGAGGAGGGGGCAGGAAAGAGAACCACGUCAUCCAGGACGUGAGGCUGCAACACGGGGAGCAGAACCGCUCCGGCGGCAAGAACGACAACAACUGA